UUGACCGUCGCUCGCCUAAUUGAAUCAAACAUUUUUUGCAAAUCAAUAAUUAGAUUAAAUGCUCUCCUUUGUGUCCUAUACUUCAUUUCUUGAAGCAUUGAAUCUCGAUUUCAACUCCAACUCAGAAGAGAGGGAGCCAGAGUUGAACCCAACCUACCUCCACCAAAACCCACAGGUGACCUUGCACCGUACUCUUCUUCUUCUUUAUCAAUCUUCAACCAACGGUGCAAGGCUCCUCUCUCUCUCUCUCUCUCUCUCUGACUGAUUUAAAGUCGUAGCUUAGCUGCUACAGCGUGACCCCUUUUGAGUUAGUGAUUCAUUUCCCAUUUCCCCUUUAUUCCUUGUCUCUUUCUGUUUGAACCCUUAUUCUCCAAGGCUCAUUUCCCUUGUUCACAAUUCUGGGUCAAUCUGAUUUGGUGGUUUAUCUUUCUGGGCAGUCUGAGAUCUCUGUUUCCGCUACUGGGUUCUGCUCAUUUUGACCAAAGUAGAUUGCUUUACCCCUAAAGCCCCAAAUUUCAAUGCCCUAAUUCUACUGGGUUUGCUUUUUGAUUUUGGGGGUUUUCAUUCAUUCCUCCACAACACUCUGAGAUCUCAGUUUCUGUUAUUGGGUUUUGCUUAUCUUGACCAAAUUCGAUUGCUUUAAACCACUUUUUGAUUCUGUGGCAAUGUCACAAGGCUAUGCAAUCGAGCUUUACUUCGAUCCAGCGCUGGAAAACCAGGUCUUGAAGGCUUGGAAUGUUCUUGCUCGCCGUCAGAUUAGUACCCAGCUCAUCGAAAUCGAAUCACGCCCUCACAUCACUCUCUUCUCCAGCUCAUUCGUCGAACCAGCAAAGCUCGAAAGCAUGGUCAAGGCUUUUGCAGCAAAGCAAGAGCCUUUGGCCCUGUCCUUCUCGACAAUUGGGAGCUUUCCCACUGAUAACAAUGUGCUGUUUCUGGCACCAACUCCUUCGGUUUCGUUGCUUCAGUUCCAGUCACAGUUGUGUGAGGCAAUGAAGAAAGAAGGUGUUGAGAUUGGGGAGGAGUACCGCGCUGAUUGUUGGAUGCCUUACUGUGCUGUUGCUCAGGAUGUGCCCAAGAGUCGGAUGGCUGAAGCGUUUUGCGUGUUGAGGGACUUGAAGUUGCCAGUUGCUGGGUAUGCUAUGGAUAUUGGGCUGGUGGAGUUUUCGCCGGUGAGGGAGUUGUUUUCUUUCGUGCUAGGUAACACAGUAGAAGCAUGAAGUUUCAUAGCCUUUUACUUAUUUGUUAAUCUGAAAUUUAGUGUUGAAGAAUAUGUUACCCCCUUUGAUGUCAAUGUAGAUGAUUGUCUAUGGCAUUUCCUGGAUAUCGUUCUAUUUUACUGAUAAAGUGUGUUCAUGUCUGAUUGAAUUGACUAGUGAGUGCAUCUAUUCUGUUGGUUUUACUGUUUUC